AGUCGCUACAUUUGGAUGCAUGAUAAGGAAGGUAAUCCACUCCUUAUAGAUCUAGAAGCUGAAGUGAAUAAUAGCUAUGAAACCAGAGGUGGUAAUCGCAAUGAGUACUGGUUAUUUACAAGGCACAAUCGAGACAAUCGACAAGUUUUAGUUAACGGAAACGCAAACUCAAUCCGCAAUUCCAACUACAAUGGAAACCGUCCUACUAAAGUGAUAACGCAUGGUUGGAUCACGAAUGGAAACGCAGACUGGAUCAAUCAAAUAAAAGACGCUUUUCUUAACCAGGCAAAUGUUAAUGUUAUCGUUCUUGACUGGAGAGACGAUGCUUCUAAUCCCACGUACCUUCCCGCUGUUCGAGCUGUACCUGGUGUUGGUCGGGCACUAGGAAACUUCCUCAAUUUUCUUUUUAAUACCGCAGGCGGUAGCUGGAAUAACGUCCACCUAAUUGGUCACAGUUUAGGUGCUCAUGUUAUGGGCAAUGCAGGUCGCGUUAGCCAUCCAGCUCGUCUGACCGGGUUAGAUCCAGCUGGACCUCGGUGGCGUGACAACACCAAUGCUCUAAAUCGCAACUGUGCUGUUUACGUUGAGUCUAUUCACACUAAUGGUGGCGAUUAUGGCAUUAAUGAUGCUAUCUCUCAUGUUGACUUCUAUCCUAAUGGUGGCCAAAUCCAACCCGGCUGUUGGACAGCCAUUUGCUCUCAUGGACGUGCACCUCUCCUUUUCGCUUCAUCUAUCACAUCGAAUCACUUAGUAGGAAGACGUUGUACAGGUGUCCAACAAGCCAUUAGAAAUCAGUGCGCUGGCGUUACUUUUCCCCUCGGUAACAACAAUUUAGGCAAGCGGGGGUACGUAACGUAA